GCCUGUAGCGCUAAAGUCUUCAUCAUCUAUUACUUAUUUAUUGAGGCUUUGUAAAAGUAAAUUUAAAAAAAUGGUUUACGUAUUCACUCUUGUGGUGUUGAUCUUUCCCGUCUUGUUGUUGGGUGCACCAUGGGAAGGCCCACAUCCUAAGUCUCAGGUGGAAUACAUCAGCAACGACAAGAGAGUUGAUUCUGGCUUCGCCAACCCCAACAUCGUGCCCAUCACCCAGCCGUCAGUCGUGACGCAAACAGCUCCUCCUCCACCGCCAAAUUCCAAAAACUUCGCAUAUAGUCCGAUGACGCAGAGCUGGACCCUUAUUGCGCCAGGCGAUCCGCUGCCCAAUAAUGACACCCUCGUCUGGAACCAGAGCAAUGACAAAUGGCUCACUCGCUAAGCAAUGCAACCAUCGAUGGCUUUGCUUUAAUCAUUGUGUAUUAAUAUUAAAAUAAAUAUAACUAAUUCACUGA